GCUAUCUUAUGUCCUUACGAAGUCUGUCCAGGCGUUCUGCACUCAUUGACCGCAUCAUUCGAGUCGAUCAUGCUGGGGAGCUGGGAGCCAACAGAAUAUAUCAAGGCCAGCUGUUUGUUUUGGGCAAGUCCAGUGUCGGCCCAAUCAUCAAGGAAAUGCAUGACCAAGAGAAAGCACAUCUGAAGAAAUUCGAAUCACUCAUUCCCCGCUAUCGAGUGCGGCCAACCGCUUUGCUUCCAUUCUGGAACGUUGCCGGGCUGGCUCUGGGUGUUGGAAGUGCUCUAUUUGGAAAAAAGGCGGCAAUGGCCUGUACAGUUGCGGUGGAAUCGGUCAUAUCCGAACACUACAACAGUCAGAUACGAGAGCUAAUCGAACACGAUCCAGCUGAGUACGCUGAACUGCUUCAGACCUUGACAAAAUUUCGUGAUGAGGAGAUCGAACAUCAUGACAUCGGAUUGGCUCAUGAGGCUGAGCAAGCGCCUGCGUAUCAGUUCUUUUCGCAACUCGUGAAGAUGGGUUGUCGAGCCAGCAUAUUUCUAGCUGAACGGAUCUAGAUACAAAACACUUGCGCAAGAGGUUUUUCUUCGGCCCCCUUGCUCGACGUUUCGGUUGUUUCUCUCUUUCCUGUCAUCCUCCUGACCUACACAACGACAUACCCUGCAAUAACUUGUCCGUCCUCAUAUUUGUUUCCAACGCGCCGCUUAUUCAGAUUGCGCCAUCCAUGAGACAUCGCUCCACAUUUGAACGAACCAUGAUUUCUAUCCAUUUUGUUCAUUCCGGCUUUUUUGAGCGGAACCUCAGCGUCAUAAGACGAUCUUUUUUGUACAUCCUUACAGGACUAAAUAUAUCUCUUUAUAUCGAUUCAUCAUCCCUACUUGUGCUGCGUGUUUUGGUGCCAGUCUAGGGGUACAGUCACGCUGACAUGGACUUUACUCAUUCGCUUCUCGCUCCAAGACCAAAGCAAUACCCACUGUGGUACAGCAUCGAAUGUAUUGUCUUCCUGGGUUAUUGAAUCUCGGUGACAAGGCCUUCGACAAGAACAAGAUACCUUUCAAUACGAUCUUAGUCGUCGGUACAAUGUAAUCAAUUUCCUGGUUCUCCAAAUGUGCAUGAUAAUGCGUAAUCGUUCUUUCAAUUUCUUUGGGCAGUUACUCCCGAGUCUGGUGCGCACUCGCUCGGGACAUUCCAACUUUACACGGAGGCAUUUAAAAGCAUCCUGUGCGGACUUAUUGUGAUUCAUUUCGAAAUACUUGUUCCUUUUUUCAUGGUUCAGAUCUUCCUCACGUCCGUCUUUGUAUGCGUCCAUCUCACAACCCUGAUCUGCAUCCAUAACCGCUCAUGAAUUUUUUACCUGCCGGACUAAUUUUUGCGGAUCUUUUGCGUACGCGUCACUACCUGUUGCAUGCUCACUUUGUGUCAUCUCCAUGUAUGCGGUUGCCGUGUCGUUUCCACAGAAUUUUAGCUAAAUCCCGAAACAAUUUAGAGGCAUUUAAAAGCAUCCUGUGGGUACUAAUUGUGAUUCAUUUCGAAAUACUUGUUACUUUUUUCAUCGUUCAGAUCUUCCUCACGUCCGUCUUUGUAUGCGUUCAUCUCACAACCCUGUUCUGCAUCCAUAACCGCUCAUGAAUUUUUUACCUGCCGGACUAAUUUUUGCGGAUCUUUUGCGUACGCGUCACUACCUGUUGCAUGCUCACUUUGUGUCAUCUCCAUGUAUGCGGUUGCCGCGUCGUUUCCACAGAAUUUUAGCUAACUCCCGAAACAAUUUAGACGAAACUUGUUAUAACCUGAUGUGUGUGUUUGUAUACGUACUUUUAUACAUGUAGUACCGC